UAAAGAUAUGUUAACAUCCAUAUCUCGGAGACUAGAACAACUAGACUUGUUACCUUUGGAUACAGCAAAACCAUUGCAUUCUAAAACGCCAUCUGUUGUAGCCAGUUUAGAUCCUGACCCGCUGCCGCCGCCCCCAGUCCUUUCACCACUUCAAAUGGCUGUGAAAACAGCCCGAGAUCAGGGUGAAAAUCUUGAAGGAUAUUCUAUGAUCUUCCCUGUUUUCGAAGAUGAGAAUCGCCUCAGGUAUCAUGAGCCUCUGCCUUUUAAACAGCUAAAGGAGCUAAAACAGGCUUGCGCCCAAUACGGGCCUACUGCGCCGUUUACCUUAGCUAUAAUUGAAAGUCUAUCAUCUCAAUAUUUGCCCCCAAACGACUGGAAGGCUGUUGCACGAGCCUGUCUUUCAGGAGGUGAAUAUCUUUUGUGGCACUCAGAAUAUGGCGAGGUCUGCAGCAACAUUGAACAUCGUAACCACCAUAAUGGGCUGCAGGUUAACUUUGACAUGUUAAUGGGGGAAGGAGCAUUUAGAGACCUUAAUCAGCAGUUAAACUAUCCUGAACAAGCCUACCCACAGAUUAAUGAAGCGGCGCUAAAAGCAUGGAAAAAACUCCCUGACUCAAAUAGAAAGACUGAAGAUUUAUCAAAAAUUAGGCAAGGACCUAACGAACCUUAUCAGGAUUUCAUCGCUUGGUUACUUGAUGCUGUGUCUAAAUUUAUUGGAGAUGAAGAAGCUGGCACUAUUGUAACUAAACAGAUGGCAUAUGAAAAUGCAAAUGCUGCUUGCCAGGCCGCUUUGUGACCUUAUAGAAAAAAGGGGGGUUUAACAGAUUAUAUAAGAAUUUGUGCUGACAUUGGCCCUUCCUAUCUUCAGGGAUUGUCUAUGGCUGCUGCUAUCCAGGGAAAAACUAUCAAGGAAGUUCUAUAUCAACAGACUAAGAACAAGGGUAGUGUGAAAAAGGGAGGGCCUCCCGGCAGUUGCUUUUCGUAUGGACAACUGGGACAUCGUAUGGCCCAAUGUCCUAAGAAAAAUAAUUUAGAUAGGACAAAGAAUCCUGAUGUAUGCCCCAGAUGCAAAAAGGGAAAACAUUGGUCCGGGGACUGUAGAUCAAAAAUGGAUAUAGAAGGCAAACCUCUUCCUCCACAGUCGGGAAACUGGGGGGGCCAGCCCCAGACCCCAAAACAAUGUUAUGGGGCACUUCAGACCGAGCCUCAGCCAAAUCUAAUUGACUCAGCAUUAAAAGCCUUUUCCGAGCCACCCCAGCCAGUGCAGGAUUGGACUUGUGUGCCACCACCCACACAGUGUUAA